AUGUCUGAAUUUAGCAUUACUGAUACUUAUUUAAAAUUUUUGGAGGAGGAUCCUGAUAUCACUAUGCCUAUAGCUGCCAUUGAAGCGCUAGUUACUCUUCUGCGAGUGAAAAAUCCCAAGACGGCUGCUGAGAUGAUCAAUACUAUUAAAUCUGCCGCUAAGGAUUUAACAGAUUCUAUUCCUAAUUCUAUUUCCUUGAGAGCAGGUUGUGAUAUCUUUAUGAGAUUUGUUUUGAGGAAUACACACAUAUACGGUGAUUGGGAAAGUUGUAAACAGCAUUUAAUUGAAAAUGGUCAGUUAUUCGUCUCCAGAUCCAAAAUGUCUCGUACAAAGAUUGCUCAGAUUGGCUGUCAAUUUAUCGCUGAUGAUGAUGUUAUUCUAGUACAUGGGUUUUCAAGAGCAGUAUUCUCGUUGUUCAAAUAUGCAGCAGAGAAGUUUAUUAGAUUCAGAGUUGUGGUAACGGAAUCAAGACCAACUGCCCAAGGGAUGCAACUUUACUCUUUAUUACAAGAAAUUGGAAUUCCGGUGAUUAUGAUUGUGGACAGUGCCGUCGGUAGUGUUAUUGAUAAAGUUAAUAAAGUAUUUGUUGGUGCCGAGGGUGUAGCAGAAUCUGGUGGUAUCAUCAAUUUGGUGGGAACUUAUUCAGUGGGUGUUCUUGCAAGGAACGCAAGAAAGCCAUUUUAUGUCGUUACCGAAUGUCAUAAGUUCGUUCGUAUGUUCCCGCUUUCACCAGUAGAUUUAUCCCUACCUGAAGAAGCUCUAGAUUUCAGCAAGCCUGCAGAGAAACCAUUAAGUGGACCUACACUGGACUACACGGCACAGGAGUAUAUUACGGCUCUUAUUACAGAUUUGGGCGUGUUAACCCCAAGUGCAGUGAGUGAAGAAUUGAUCAAGAUGUGGUACGAUUGA